GUUUUCGAAGCUGUGCUUCAGUGGGUUAGAUUCGAUCUAUCAGUACGGAAGCAGUUCCUUCCACAAUUGUUGGAGCACGUACGACUCCCACUUUGUUCCCCCAAGUUCCUCGCCGAAACAGUCAGUGAAGACGCGUUAGUGAAGGCGGACGAGGCCUGCCGAGAUCUUCUCGAUGAAGCAAAG